AGAAAAAUACUGGAAUGCCCUCAAUGAACUUCCACUUUCAAGUUUACAGUUUGGGAAGAGUAAUUCCAGUGUGAAGAAGGUUCAUCAUUAGAAGGUUGGCGACCAGCUCCAAACAGAUGCACGAAAAAACAGUUCCCCUGAAGAUCCCAGUGGACCAGCUGGAGAAGUUGGAGGAAGCACCAAAGGAAAGGAGCCCCUUCCUGGAGACUCUGGAGGAGAGUGUGCAUCUGCCUGAAGGUCUGAAGGAUGAAGAGAUAAAGAAAAGCAGCCUAGAAGUGACACCAAAUAAAUACAACCACCAGUAUCAUAAACUCUUCAAGGACAUCCCUCCAGAGGAGACAGUUCUGAAAGUGUGUUCCUGUGCACUCCAAAGGGAUAUCCUCAUACAAGGUCGCCUAUACAUCUCCCAUAAUUGGCUCUGCUUCCAUGCCAGCCUCUUUGGGAAAGACAUCAAGGUAGUCAUUCCUGUGCUGUCUGUCCAGAUGAUAAAAAAGCACAAGAUGGCCAGACUCUUGCCCAAUGGACUGGCUAUUACAACCAACACAAGCAGGAAGUAUAUUUUCGUGUCACUGAUCUCAAGGGAUAGCGUGUAUGACGUAUUGAGGAGAGUCUGCACCCAUCUGCAGCCUUCCAGUAAGAAGAGUCUGAGUGUAAGAGAAUAUCCAGAUGAACCUGAUUCUGAGUCUCUGGAAGGUCUUGUUCCAGAAAUGAAAUGGAGAAAGAUGUCCCCACCUCCAUUGUCUCUGUCCCUCUCUGAUGAUGUCUUCCCCUGCAUUCACCGGGGAUCUUUGAGCAGCCUGGCCACCAAGGAAAGCUCUUUCUCCUCUGAGAAACCCCUGGCAUCUGAUAAUGCCAUCCACACAGAGGAGGAGCUGGAAGGGGAACCUGAAGGGAGCCCAGAGCUGAGGCCCUGGGAUUAUCAGCUGCUCAAGGUCUUCUUUCUAUUGAUCUGCCUCCUGGUUGUGUCAUCAUCCUAUAUGGCAUUUCGAAUCUUCCGUCUGGAGCAGCAGCUGUGCUCUCUGAACUGGGACUCUGUCUCCUAUAGACACAGGUGACAGCCGUGGGAGUUAUGCGUGUCCCCUUUCCAAGAAGGGAGCCCUCCAGGUCGAGCUUCCAACAGUAGUUGCCCCUCGGUUUGUGUUGCUGAAAUGCCAAGAAUGGAGUCUUAAUG